AUGGACUAUGCGAUGCGCAACUUAGCCUUUGACGACGAUAUCACGACCAUCACGGCGUUUCUGGAUUGGGACGACGUCGCCAUUAUACCCUUCAUCCUCUGUUCCAAGUACGUGGCCGAGAUCCAUCCGGAUUGGGGAGGUGAAGACUGGGAGAGAGAAACUGGUGGCUUCAGCUCCAUUCAGCCUCCAGCUGCAGAGGGUGUAACGGAUGAAGAACUCGAAAACGUUUUUCAAAGAAGGCUGUACGCCGCGGCCUUUCUGACGGAGAAGAAACGGAUGGAAGAAGAGAGAACCACAGCGACAGGAGAGUGGCAGGCUGUCGCUAAUCCGAUGGACAGGACACCCGAACCAAAUGAGGAGGACACGGAUGAAGAAGACGCUGUUAGUUCAGAUAGCGAAGACGUGGAAGAGGAAGUGGAUUCGGAGGAAGAAAGGCGUUUGCAGGACGAGUGUGACAGGGCAUUCGAGAGGCGAGAGCUCGUAUUUUACGACCACUUCCGCAAAGAGUACAGGAAGAGGUUGGAGCGCCUUGACCCAAGGUUUGCAACGCCCGGAUUCUGGAAGAUGGCGGAGGAUGCGUUGAAGAUUCACCAUCUUGUCACUUACGGGGCCGAGGAGUGGAUUGCGUAUUACGGCCAGCUUAGGGUGCGGGCAAUGCCCGCGAGAGAGUAA